CGCCUCCCGUCUCCCGCGACAGCAUGAAGACCGCCGAGGACGCCAGAGGAGUGCAUGGCGAGGGGCCGCGGAAGCUAGGCCUCUGCCUCCUCUGCGGCCUGCCCGCGGCAGGAAAAUCGACCUUCGCGCGGGCCCUAAGCCCCCGGUUACGGCAGGAGCGGGGCUGGGCCGUCGGCGUGGUCGCCUAUGAUGACGUCAUGCCGGACGCGGUCCUCGAGGAGGCGAGCGCGCGGCCGUUGGUCAGUACGGAGGGGGCGGGGCCUAGCCUGUGGUCGCAGAAGGACAUAGAGGGGCUCCACCUAAAUGCUGGAUUGUCCCUUGUGUGGGAGCCAUCCCAAUGGAAGUUGCUUCGACAGGAACUGUUGAAGUACCUAGAACACUUCUUGUUGGCUGUCAUUAACGGGUGUCAGAUGUCUACCCCACCCAACAGGACUGAAGCCAUGUGGGAGGAUUUUAUAACCUGCUUAAAGGAUCAAGAUCUGAUAUCUUCUGCUGCACCGGAGGCCCGGUCUUGCUAUCUCUUAACGAAGACUGCUAUUUCUAGACCUUUGUUUUUGAUUUUAGAUGACAACUUUUAUUAUCAAAGUAUGAGAUACGAAGUCUACCAACUGGCUCGGAAAUAUUCAUUAGGCUUUUGCCAGCUUUUUUUAGAUUGUUCUCUGGAGACCUGUUUACAGAGGAAUGGCCAGAGACCCCAGGCGCUGCCUGCCGAGACCAUCCACCUGAUGGGAAGAAAGCUGGAAAAGCCCAACCCCGAGAAAAAUGCUUGGGAACACAACAGCCUCACAAUUGAGAGUUCAGAAUGUUCUUCUGAAGCCAGCCUGAAGUUGACCGAUUUAUUGCUUACUGCUUUGGAAAAUCCAGUAAAAUAUAUUGAGGACAAUGUGGAACAAAAGGAAGCAGACAGAAUCAUUUGUUCAACCAACCUUCUUCAUCAAGCCGAUCAGAUGCUCCGAAGGAUUGUCUCUCAGACGAUGAAGGAAGCAAAAGAGGAACGAGUGCUUCCUUUCAACUUGAAGCUUCUAGCAGAAGAACUCAACAAGCUCAAAGCAGAGUUUUUGGAAGACCUAAGACAAGGAAACAAAAAGUACCUGUGCUUUCCAGAAACCACCAAUGUAUCAGACGCUAUUGCUUUUUUUCAUCAUGAGAAAGAUAAUAUUGUCCAGAAAUAUUUUUCAAAGCAUUAAAACUUUUGAACUUACAAUCAAAUAUCCGAUUUUGGUUGAGUUUGCAAAAUAAAACCAUUUUGCAUUACUGGA